CAGCCCUGAGUUGGGACGCUUGUGGAUUGCUCUGGAGGGACCGGAGGUAGGAGCUUCGUAGCAUAUUUGUUAAGAAGGCGUUAUGAACAGACGAAACGACCCCUUAAGUCUCCAGGGUCUGGUAUUUCGGGAAGUCCGCAAGAUGGUGCGAGAAAUGGCGGUCAAAUGGACCCGCAGACUACACUCAGCUGCUGUUAGAAGCGAGAAUAGGUGGCUUCAGGAGAUCAGAUGCGUGGAGCAGGAGAUCAUCCAUGUGCACCACACACUCGGUUCCCCACACGUGCCGAUGUUUUCAGACUACAUUGUACGUUAUGCCGUCAAGGAUUUCGCAAAGAUCAUCGCUUGUUACGACAACAAUAUUGGUCGUGCCCCGAUCACGCAAAGUCAUCGCUAUAUUUGCACCUCCAUGUUGAAAGCUGUACUUUUGCCUUGCAUGUCUAGGUACAAUAUAGGUACUACAGAGUCCAAGUUCGUGCAAGGGAUCUUAAUUCAAUUGCUUUAUGUUGUCCCAAAUAUUCAACGUCUGAUCCUUCCUCCAGAACAACGCCUUGAGUAUAUGCAGCCGUUUCUAGAAAGGAUUCAGAUUUUAACCAAUCUCCGGGAAUUUCACUUCCAUAUUGGCUGUACUAGAGAAAUUAUUAUUGAAUUGUCCAAAUAUUGCCCUCUCCUGAAGAGAUUAUCUGUUGAAGGCUCCGUGCUUGUGGACGAUAUGUGUGUUAAAUAUAUGCUGAAACUGAGACUCCUACGUUCUGUCAACGUUUCAAACACAUCACUGUCUAGUGGGAGAUACAGGGCACUCCUUUUGUUGUUGCCACAUGUUCAAGAAGUUAUCUGGUCUGGUUCAGUUGACGUCAUACUAACGAAUCUCUCACGAAGUCUUCCUUCAGUGACGAAAUUUGAUGGUACAAUAUCAGAUGCAGGAUUACUGGUUGAUAAAUUACCAAAUGUAAAGCAGUUACUACUACGUUCUCUCACUCAUGACAUGUCAGAUCUCGGUGAACUAAGAAAUGUCACUUGUCUUUCGAUUUGGAACUGCAGCUCUACUGUUAUUAGCUUGAGUGAUGCCCUUAUCAGUUUGGGUGAAACACUUUCAGUUUUAGAGACACAUGAAGUUGAAGACUUGAACAUCGAUGACAUAAUUUUUUAUUGCACCGUUCUUAAUGAACUCCAUGUUAAUUCUUGUAGCACUUUAUGCACACGAGUAUCUGACUGUAAGUUAGCACAUUUCCGAAACCUUAAAAAAUUAAAAUUGAGGUACAAUAGGGGACUAUCUAAUUUCUGCAGUUUCCUGCACUUCUACGUAAAUCUCAAAGUGUUCCAUGUUGCUGGCAUGAGCCAAAUGAAUGAUGCGUUCUUCGCUGAACUUGUAGGGGUUCGCGGAUUCAGAACUGUCACUGAAUUUGUCGUUGACCAUUGCGGGUACCUGAGCAUGCGCACAAUAAAUUUAAUGACGAAUAACUGUCCCAAUUUGGCAAAGUUUGGAAAUAUUGGCAGUUGGCCUGGCGUCACCAAAGAAGAAGAGGUCACUUUUUUAAAUUUUGUGAGAAAUAACAAUCUCGCACUCACCGUAUGUCACUGAGCACAACUUUCUUCCGACAGACUAGGAGGGCACAGGAUAGUUAGAAAUGCUACAGCCGAUUGAAUCGCUUUGCAGGUAUUAAAACUGUGGUUCGGCAAAUUUGUUUCCGGUUAGUGCUUUUUUUUUAAAUUAGACGGCAUGUGUUGGACACGUGAAUACAUUUUAAUAUAUUGCCAUAUGACACCAGGAACAAAAUUAGGAAUUUACUGGCAAACACUUACUAAUUUUAAGUUCAUAUAUAUAGGCCUACAUAAUGAUAAUAAAUCUUAUAAGAAACGUUAAAGUAAUUCCUGAUUCGUAGUUCUUGUGUAAUGCCAUGCGUUACAGGUUAUUAUUAUUAUUAUUAUUAUUAUUAUUGCUAUUAUGUUUUCCCUCGACCGCAUCAUGUUAUAGUUUCUUUAAGAAUCUGACUGAUGUCAACAAAUUCUGUGAAUGUUUUGAUUUAAAUACGAGGCGUUUUUGGUUGCUGUAACAAGCAGACAUGGCAGUUGCGUGAGUGUAUGACGCAUGUGUGUGAUGUGUUUCAAAUGAUGUGCAGUUCCGAAGAUGUUAGUUCUAUCAUAAUUUAUGCAAACAUAAUUGUUUGUUUUAUUUGCUUUUAAAAUUUGUAUUGUUUUAAUAUGGUUUUGUGUAAAGAUGAGAAAGAAACACAAUAUUAUGGACUUAAAGCUCCACAAAGUGUGUUUUACCAUUAAAAUCUGGUGAUCAGUAAAAGCGAAUGUUUUAUCAGAAGGAAAUAUU